AUGUCACUGUGCAGAUUGUCGCCAGGGGAAUGUGUCAACCGUUGCCCUUGCGUCCGGUUGGAUAAUCCAAUACCUGGCGGUUUCCUCUCCCUGAAUCAUCAUGCGCGACAGCUUAAUCUGGACAAUGAAACGCUAACUUGCGAGAUAGCCUCCAUUGUCGGUCGCCCCCGUCACCAUGGUAUCAUGAUUGGUAUGGGCCAGAAGGACUCGUAUGUCGGUGAUGAGGCACAGUCGAAGCGUGGUAUUCUCACCCUCAGAUACCCCAUCGAGCACGGUGUUGUCACAAACUGGGAUGACAUGGAGAAGAUCUGGCAUCACACAUUCUACAACGAGCUCCGUGUCGCUCCUGAGGAGCACCCUGUCCUCUUGACCGAAGCCCCCAUCAACCCCAAGUCCAACCGUGAGAAGAUGACCCAGAUUGUCUUCGAGACCUUCAACGCUCCCGCCUUCUACGUCUCCAUCCAGGCCGUUCUCUCCCUCUACGCUUCCGGUCGUACCACCGGUAUCGUCUUGGACUCUGGUGAUGGUGUCACUCACGUUGUCCCCAUCUACGAGGGUUUCGCUCUCCCCCACGCCAUCUCCCGUGUCGAUAUGGCCGGCCGUGAUCUGACGGACUACCUGAUGAAGAUCCUGGCCGAGCGUGGUUACACAUUCUCCACUACCGCUGAGCGUGAAAUUGUUCGUGACAUCAAGGAGAAGCUUUGCUACGUCGCUCUCGACUUUGAGCAGGAGAUUCAGACUGCCUCCCAGAGCUCCAGCUUGGAGAAGUCCUAUGAACUUCCCGAUGGUCAGGUCAUCACCAUUGGUAACGAGCGUUUCCGUGCUCCCGAGGCUCUCUUCCAGCCUAGCGUUCUGGGUCUGGAAAGCGGCGGUAUCCACGUCACCACUUUCAACUCCAUCAUGAAGUGUGAUGUCGACGUCCGUAAGGAUCUCUACGGUAACAUUGUCAUGUCUGGUGGUACCACCAUGUACCCCGGUAUCUCCGACCGUAUGCAGAAGGAAAUCACUGCCCUUGCUCCCUCGUCUAUGAAGGUCAAGAUCAUUGCUCCUCCUGAGCGUAAAUACUCUGUGUGGAUUGGUGGUUCCAUUCUGGCCUCUCUGUCCACCUUCCAGCAGAUGUGGAUCUCCAAGCAGGAGUACGACGAGAGCGGUCCUUCGAUCGUUCACCGCAAGUGCUUCUAA